GAAGGCAAAGUCUUCAUUGGCCUGGCUUCUUACCAACCCUGGAAAUGCCGGCGAAGAAGCUGAUGCGUGCAGUUCAGUAUGACGGUUAUGGGGGAGGGGCUGCGGCUCUCAAGGUCAAUCCGGAGUGCAGAUCUGAAGUGAAGAAGGACGUUGGGUUUGGUGCAGUUACAGGAGGCUGUAGAUUGGAGAAUCUGAGGAGAGUUGGAAGAGUUAGAGUUUUUGAAAAUAUUAGAAGAAGAACAGGAAAGUUAUAUUCUUCUUCUGUCAAAUUCCUUAUUUCUUUGUUGCGAUUAUUUGUGAAUAUGUUUUUUGUUGGACCAGCUAUGGAUGUGACAGGAGAAGUCAUAGAGGUUGGAACAGGAGUUAAGAAUUUGAAAGCUGGCGACAAAGUUGUGACUACCCUUGGCCCUCAUGCUGCAGGUGGGCUAGCUGAGUAUGUUGUGGCUAAGGAGAGUUUGACAGCUGCAAGGCCUCCAGAAGUCUCAGCUGCUGCUGCUGCAGGCCUUCCUGUUGCAGGUCUCACAGCUCAUCAAGCUCUCACAGAUUCUGCCGGAAUUAAGCUUGAUGGCAGUGGCAAGCAAGUAAAUGUUCUAGUCACAGCUGCCUCAGGUGGUGUGGGUCAUUAUGCUGUUCAACUAGCAAAACUUGGAAAUACACAUGUAACUGCCACUUGUGGUGCUCGUAACCUUGACUUUGUCAAGAGACUGGGUGCAGAUGAGGUUCUUGAUUACAAGACUCCUGAUGGAGCAGCUCUGAAGAGCCCUUCUGGCAUAAAAUAUGAUUUUGUAAUCCACUGCGCUUCAGGCAUUCCGUGGUCAACCUUUGAGCCUAAUCUUAGUGAAAAGGGGAAGGUAAUAGACAUUACUCCCACCAGUAGAGCCUUGCUCGCUUGUGCUGCAAAAAUGCUCACCUUGUCCAAGAAGCAGCUGGUGCCAUUGCUCUUAAUACCAAAACGUGAGAAACUCAAUUUUCUUGUUAAUUUGGUAAAGGAGGGAAAGCUUAAGACAGUGAUAGACUCGAAACAUCUCCUAAGCGAGGCUGAAGAUGCCUGGGCUAAGAUUAUAGAAGGCCAUGCUACCGGGAAAAUCAUCGUGGAGCCCUAGCCAUAAAAGAUUUGCAUGGUGUCCUUAAUGUUCCAUUUGUGUUUCAGCGAGUGGGGUUGCUUAUUGUCCAUGUAGGCCUAGUUGAUGUAGGUCUCACCUUAUAGUUGAUUUUGUUUGAUCUCACUCUUGGUAUUGCCUUCUUCUUGUUCGUAUUUUGAUAUUCAUUUUAACUUUAAAAUGACACCAUGUUCGUGUAUCUCCAAAAAUCUUUCUUUUGGCUACUGCAUGACACGCUCAGGCAUACCACUUGUUUUGUAGCAAAAGCAAGAAAAGGAUUUUCUUGGC